UGUCUUAAAAGACUGAGGAGGUGCUUGGGAGUCUGUUUUGGAAUUGUGUUGGGAUUCAGGACAGCAGGGUGAGGAUCUGGGAUCAGAGAGGAAACACCAUCUAAACCAGGAUGAGGACUGUGGUGCUGCUCUUUCUGGCUUUCAUAUCGGCCGCGGCGAUCCGACAAAGAAGUCAAUUCACACGUUAUCGAUCAUGGAACUCCCAGAUGUAUCCGGUUUGGCAGGAUGGAGACCCGAGGUUCAGGAACUGCUGGUUUGGAGGUGAGGUGACCUUUGACCUGAAGAAUGACGCACCAACUCUGACAGGAGCAAAAGCAACUUUCAACAUCAACCUAAACUUCCCCCCGAACCAGACCGCUCUGCCCGAUGGUCAGGUGGUGUGGGCGCAGAACUGCACCAUCAAUGGACGCCAGUAUCAGGAGGGUCAGGCUGUGUAUCCGGACCAGAACCCAGAGUGGACUGGAGUUUUCCCUGACGGUACAGCGUUCACCAGAACUCAGAACCGGACCCAGGACAGGAAACCCCGCUACGUGUUUGUGUGGAAGACUUUAGGUCGGUACUGGCAGGUUGCAGACGGACCUUCCUCCUCACUCACCAUCGGGACAGACAAUGUCCCUCUGGGCUCCUACAACAUGGAGGUUGUCAUCUAUCACUGCAGAGGAAAAAACAAGUUCAUCCCCCUCGGCUAUGCCUCAACGGUCUUCACCAUCACAGACCAGAUUCCAUUCAGGAUCUCACUUUCUCAAGUCAACGAUGUGAAUCAGAACGACCAGAACUUCAUCCAGAACCAAGCCAUCGCCUUCACCAUCACGCUCCACGACCCCAGCCAGUACCUGACUGGUGCAGACAUCAGCUUCAGCUGGGACUUUGGUGACACCAGUGGGACACUCAUCUCCAGGGAGCGCUCUGUCACACACACUUACCUCUCAGUAGGAACCUUCAAACCUCAGGUGGUCCUGAUGGCGAGCAUUCCUAACACGUGUCCUGACCCAGCAGUUGUUCCCAUUGAUGCUUCGGCAGCUCCAGCUGUUGUAGUCAUGGCCUCCACCCCUGCAGCUGUCCCAGCUGCUCUAGCGGAAGGAGGAGAUGCAGUUGCCCUGGAUAUUUCUGCCUCUGAUGCCACUCCAGUGCAGCCAGCUGAGGAGGAACCGGUUGCUGAAACCGACACAGAGGCAGUAGAAGUCGCUGCGUCAGUGGCUCCUGCAGGAGUAGAUGAAGCCGUUGUCCCUGCAGAGCAAGAUCCUGCCAACACAGCUGCUCCUGCUGCAGAAGCAGAUGUUUCUGAGGAGGAGGAGACUGAUGUAGCUGCAGAUACAGCCACUGUUGCACCGGCAGCUGAAACACAAGCGGAGACAGCUGCUGAGGGAGCUGAAAUCGUGCCUGUGGCUGAUGCUGCUGCUUCAGCCAUACCUGUUGCAGAGAACGAAGAAGCUGCAGUUGAGGCUGCUGACGCCAUCACCAUUGCUCCUGUGGUGGAUGUAGCUGUGGAGCAGGAAGCUGUUGAUGCUCCUGUAGAGACUGCUGAGGCUACUUCUGUCGCCACAGAAGUGAUCCAAGCUGAAACCGUAGCCGCUGCUGAAAAUGUUGUUGCUCUCGCUGACACUGAGGCCACGGCUGCAGAAGGGGGAGCUCCAGCUGAUGAGGCUGAAAUAGUGGAAAACGCAGUCACAGCUACUGUAGCAGCUGCAGAAGAAGCAGCUCCAGCUGAGGCUGAGGUUCAGGUUGAAGUGGAAGCAGAUCCUGCUCAGGUUGCUCUGGUUGUAGCCAAAAGACAAGCGCCAGAGCUCACAGCAGACUGCACCAUCUACCGCUACGGCUCCCUCGCUACAUCUGUGGAUGUUGUUCAGGGAAUAGAAAGUGUGGAGAUUGUUCAAGUCUCCAAUAUCGUGUCAAUGAUGACUGAGCUGGACCAGAAUGCUGUAGAUGUCACUAUUUCCUGUCAAGGAAGUCUGCCAAGCGAGGUGUGCACCGUUAUCUCUGAUGCUGACUGCAUCACACCGAUCCAAACCAUCUGCAAUGCAGCCUCACCCUCUCCAGACUGCCAGCUGGUCCUUCGUCAGUUCUUCAACGACACCGGAGUCUUCUGCCUCAACGUGUCUCUGACCAAUGACGUCAGUCUGGCCGUGGCGAGCGCGAGAGUCAAUGUGGCAGUGGCUUCUGGUGGAUCACCAGCUGGAACUGCUGCAACUGUGCUGGGUGGGAUGGUCCUGGCCUGUGUGGUUUGUUGUUUGGGUUUGAUGUACAGGCGGUUUAAGCAGUACCAGCCACUGAGGGAGAGCCAGGAGGACGCUAACAGAGGCAGCUUCGCAGUAACGUCGGUACCUUUGAUGCUGUGGAAUCUGCUGAGUCGACAGUCACCAGGAGAAAGCCGUCCACUUCUUCAGGGAAGGGUUGUGUGAAAAUCAAUCCACGUGCUAAAAUCAUCUGCUAACAGUUUGGCUUCAUGUUUGUCACUCUGUAAUGACACCAGAUGGUCCAGACACCUGAAACAUGCACAUGUUGAGAAAACCAACUCAUGUACAAAUCAGGAUUUUUACUGAAAUAAUGAAAAAUAUUUAUUAUGUCCUACAACAGGACCGGUAUCCAGCACCUUUUAGUUUUAACCUUGCUUCAACGCACCUGAUUUCAAUCAGCAGGUGAUUAACAGGCUUCUGCAGAGCCUGAUGAGCUGCUGCACAGGUGCUUUAACCGCUGAAUCUUGUGUGUUGGAGCAGAGAAACCACCAAAAUGUGCUGGAUACCGGCCCUCGAGGCUGUGAAUAGCCCUGUUCUACAACAUCUUUAUAAUCACAUAAUAAUUAUCACAGCUGUAUUUGUGGCCUGCUUAUACUAAACAUAUGAAAUAUAUUUCAAUUAAUUUCUUACAGUUUAAUAAAGUUUUCCACAGAAAUAUCAUGUGAGUGACUCUGAAAUAAAAACAUUCAACUAAUUAC